CGUCCAUGCUAUUGCCUGGGAGACUGCGCACUAGUUCUCAGUGAGCGAGCUCCGCGAGUAGCUGCCUCUCUCCUUUCCACGAGCGCACCUUUCGAGAUUAUCAUCGUCGUCUCCAUCUCAUUAUCUCAAUCAGAGCAUUUUGCCGGCUACUGCUGCUCCUCCACUCCGCUACACAAAACAAAACCAAAGCACAUGCUCCUCGAUGCCAUCGCCUCUUGUUCCCUCUCGGCUCCGCCUCCGCGCUUUUUAGCUCGCACGAUCAUACUGGCUCCUCACUGGAAUAGAUUCAGCUGAUAGAUAGAGAGGGGCUGCAUCAGCCGCAAUAAAGAUGAUAACGCUUUCGGACUUGUACCACGUGAUGACGGCGGUGGUGCCGCUGUACGUGGCGAUGAUCUUAGCCUACGGGUCUGUGAAGUGGUGGAAGAUCUUCACGCCGGACCAGUGCUCGGGGAUCAACCGAUUCGUGGCGCUCUUUGCCGUGCCGCUGCUCUCCUUCCACUUCAUCUCCACCAACAAUCCCUACGAGAUGAACCUACAUUUCAUCGCCGCCGACACGUUGCAGAAGCUGAUGGUGCUGGCCGUGCUCACUGCCUGGAGUCGUCUCAGCCGCCGCGGCUCCCUUGAGUGGACCAUCACCAUUUUCUCCCUCUCCACGCUGCCCAACACGCUGGUGAUGGGCAUCCCCUUGCUGAAGGGCAUGUACGGUGUUUACUCCGGCAGCCUCAUGGUCCAGAUCGUCGUCCUCCAGUGCAUCAUUUGGUACACGCUUAUGCUGUUCCUCUUCGAGUACCGCGCCGCCCGGAUUCUCAUCACCGAGCAGUUCCCCGACACUGCUGCCGCCAUCGCCUCCAUCACCGUCGACUCUGACGUCACCUCCCUCGACGGACACCGGGAUCUGAUCGAGACCGAGGCCGAGAUCAAAGAGGACGGUAAGCUAUACGUCACCGUACGGCGCUCCAACGCUUCCCGCUCCGACAUAUACUCCCGGCGCUCCAUGGGCAUCUCUGGAGCCACGCCGCGACCGUCAAACCUCACCAAUGCCGAGAUCUACUCGCUGCAAUCGUCUCGCAACCCCACGCCCCGCGGCUCCAGCUUCAACCAUAACGACUUCUACUCCAUGGUCGGCCGCAGCUCCAACUUCGGACCCGCCGACGCUUACGGCGUACGGGGAGCCGCCACUCCGCGCGCCUCCAACUUCGAGGAGGAUGCCAGUGCCGUCGCCGGGGGCAACGCGGUGGCCAAAUCCAAGUGUAACUACCCUACACCAAAUCCUUCGGUCUUCAACCCUCCGACGGUAACUGCUCCAAAGCCGACAGUGACGACACCAUCGACGACGGCACCCAAAAAGGCCAACGGGCAAGCGGUUCCUUUGUUCAAGGCCGAGGGAGACAGUGGGACCAAGGAUCUCCACAUGUUCGUGUGGAGCUCCAGCGCAUCGCCGGUCUCUGAUGUGUUUGGCGGCGGUGUGAACAACCACCACGACUAUGGCUUGCCUGCCGCGGAUCCUUGCGCAAUCAAAGAAGUCCGGAUGGCUGUUUCUCCGGGCAAAAUGAAGGAAAACCGGGAGGAGUGUAUGGAGAGGAACGACUUCAGUUUUGGAAACAGAGGACCGACUGAGCGAACGGAUGGCGGCCACGACUACGUGGACGAGAAGGGGCAAGGAACGGGAACCAAAGUUAGUGUCAUGCGCACCGCGGGCAUGCCACCGACGAGCGUCAUGACGAGGCUGAUCCUGAUCAUGGUGUGGAGGAAGCUGAUCCGCAAUCCCAACACCUACUCCAGCCUCAUCGGCCUGGUUUGGUCCCUCGUCUCCUUCAAAUGGAAGGUAAACAUGCCUGACAUUGUAUCGCACUCUAUCUCCAUCUUGUCGGAUGCAGGCCUGGGAAUGGCUAUGUUCAGCUUGGGGCUGUUCAUGGCGCUGCAGCCGAGGAUCAUAGCAUGUGGGAAUUCGGUUGCGGUUUUUGCUAUGGCGGUGAGGUUCCUAACAGGCCCAGCUGUAAUGGCAGCGGCCUCCUUUGCCGUUGGGCUCCGCGGCGUGCUCCUCCGUAUCGCCAUUGUCCAGGCGGCACUGCCUCAGGGCAUUGUCCCCUUUGUAUUCGCCAAGGAGUACAGCUUGCAUCCUGAUAUCCUCAGCACAGCGGUCAUAUUUGGAAUGCUCAUCGCUCUGCCCAUAACACUCCUCUACUACAUUCUACUUGGCCUGUGAGGAUCCUUUCAUGUAACUGCUCUAGUCUCUCUAUCUCUCUCCACAGGAAAUGGCAGCAUUGCUGGGCAAGAUUAACUCAUGCAGUAAUUAACACAAAGUUGUGCUUGCCAUAGUGCAGAUAAAUCUAUUGCGACAUCGUGCUGUUGUGAAAUUAUGUGUCAAAUUCAAUCUCAGAGAGCUCUUUCUUCUUCCCCAUUAGUUCCGUUCAUUUUAUCGUGCAUAAUUCUAUUGCGUUCUUUCCGUGGCCGGACGAGUAAAA